UGGACAGCCCACCUGCUAUCUACCCCUCCCACUCUUCUUCCCGUUUCCACGCUUUACUUCUCUCUCUCUCUCCUCUCCUUUCCCAGUGCAAAGUCAUUUGCCACUUUACUUCAUUAUCAUCAUCGGGAGACCAGUCUAGUCUGACCUACAGGACCAACAAGAUCUCUCCCCAGUACCUCACCACCCAGCUUCCUCAGAGAGCUCCUCGCCCUACAGGAACUCUGAGCAAGCUACUCCUCACCUAGUAACUCCUUAGCACUGCUCUGUACAACAAUAUAUAUAUAUACAGAAAACGCAUCGGGCGACGGCCAGCAACCAAACCCAGUGAAGUAAAGAGACGUCAUGGAAAACUUACAAUAAUUCUAAAUAAAGAAGAAAAAUGAAGUAUUAUUGGAAGUUGGGGAAGCACCUUCAGAACGUGUUACGACAUUACAGUAAUACCCAGUAUAAACCGCAUCUUCACAGUGAUGGCUGGGAGGCAGUGAUUGGUCUGGAGAUUCAUGCUCAUAUCUCAUCAGCUAGUAAAUUAUUCUCUCCUGUUGGCACCAAGUAUGGGGCACCUCCGAACUCUCAAGUUGGUAUAUUUGAAUCAGCUCACCCAGGAACCCUACCAGUCCUGAACAAAAAGUGUGUGGAAGCAGGCAUAAAGACAGCUUUGGCUUUUGGAGCUACAAUCAACAAAAUGUCAAUAUUUGAUCGAAAGCACUAUUUUUACCCAGAUCUCCCGGCUGGUUAUCAGAUCACACAAUUGGAUUACCCUCUAGCAAACAAUGGCAGGUUAGAAUUCAUCGUCUACAACUCUUCGGUCCAUAAGCAUCCGUACCGCCAUUCAGUUGAGCUAAUGCAAAUUCAACUAGAGGAGGACAGUGGCAAGAGUAUACAUGAUGAUUGUAAUAACAGGGUACUUGUGGACCUUAACCGUGCAGGCCAGCCACUGAUGGAGCUUGUAUUUGCCCCUGAGUUACAUAAUGGUGAGGAGGCUGCUGCCAUGGUGAAAGAAGUUGCCCUCAUCCUUACAAGAAUAGGUACCUGCAACUGUCACAUGUAUGAGGGAUCUCUUCGUGUGGAUGCCAACGUGUCAGUUCACAGACCUGACGAGCCACUGGGCACCAGAACAGAAGUGAAGAAUCUUAAUUCUCUUCGAUCUUUGGUGAAGGCAGUUGAUUUUGAGAUUGAAAGACAGUUGAAUAUAUUGGAAUGUGGCGGAAGUGUGACCUGUGAAACUCGCAGCUUUGAUACUUUGUCCCAAAAAACGGUCAGCAUGAGAGAUAAAGACGUCAUUCAGGAUUACCGGUUCAUGCCUGAGCCAAAUUUGCUUCCAUUACGUCUGCACGAUUCUUUGGAGCCUAACUGCCUGUAUGAUGGCGCACUUGAUAUUAAUGAACUUCGUGUAGUAAUGCCAGAAUUACCCGAAGCUACAAGACAAAGACUAAUGAAAGAUUAUGGAAUUACUUUGGAGAAUGCCAUAUUGUUUGUAAAUAAUGAUGACCUGUUGAAUUACUUCAUAGCAGUGAUGUCCUGCAGUGAACACAACUCCCAUAUUGUCUGCAAUCUUAUGCUUAAUAACCUCUUGGGGACUCUCAAUAACAUCAAUGUGGAUAUUAAGGACAGCCCUCUGACAGCAUCAGCCUUCAGUGAGAUUGUGGACCUACAGCAGAGUGGUAAAAUUGUACCUAACAUAACACAGCAGGUGAUUAAUGCCAUAUGUAUUGGCAGAGAUCUACGGACUCCUACCCAGAUUGUAUAUGAAAAUAACUGGCUGCAGCUGUCUCACGAUGACCUGGAAGACUUAGUUGAGAGCAUUUUAAGUGCUAAUGAACAACUGGUUGAAACGUAUAAAACCAGUAAGAAGAAGAAGAAGCUGCUGAAAGCUUUAAUGGGCAAGGUGAAGGAAGCAACAGAUAGCAGAGCAAAUAUGAAAGUAGUCAAUGAUAUUCUUUUGCAGAAACUAAGGUCCUAGUACUAAUUGUUAUAUUACACCAGACUAUCAGUUAGCUGUAUUUAAAGAAAGAAUUAAAUGGUAUGUAAAUGCUUCGUAAUUAUUUUUGUGUUUAAUGGAAUUCAGUUCAUUGAAAAAUUUAAAUCAGUUUUAGUCAUAUUUAGUGGCAUAGUGAGAGUGUCUGGCACCUACCCAGAAAUAACAAUAAUUCCCAGUGAGUGAGGUGUUUAAGUGCCAGCACCAGUCUGCUUUAAUGAAUUAAAGAUUAUUAAAGGUAACUUUUCAUGAGAAAGAGUUCAAGAUAAUAAAAAAUGGGUUCAAUAUCCCCAAAAUAUGACAACACAAAGAUGAAGCAUUUCAGUGUUGUAAAACGUCCACAUUUAAUGAACAAAACAGUAAGUUAACCUCUAUGUAUAUGUGAAGAUGCAUCCGUAAAUGGUUUAUGUGAAUGCAAGAUCAAACACAUGUGAAUACUGAAUACAUUAAGUAAACAAAUUAGAUUAUG